GUCGCUGACCACUUGGACCUCCCUGAGUUUUGCAACGGUGUCAUACUCACCCCCCUGAAGGCCCUGCUCAGCACCGAGAGUAAGCUCACGGCACCGCAGAGAGGCACGCUGCUGCACAGGCACUGCUCUUGUGUGCGCCUCGACAGCCUCGAGGGCUCACCUGCGUUUCGUGUCAAUGCAGCGCGGGCGGCGCAGUCGCCGCUAGCCCUCGUCUUUGCUGGGCGCUGUCUGGUCCCGUUUCCUGCACUCGUCAGGCCGCCGCCUGGGCGACCCGUGCGCUGGGGGCUUGGAGGGACUGGCAGAUGCACGGGAGAUGUCUACCCUGACGGAUCGGUUUUUGAAGCUGAGUAUCCCAGGCUUGCGAGCGCGGGCUGGGGGUGCGUGGCGCCUCACCCCGAUUGCCUUCAGGUUGUUUCGUUUUGCUCUGGUCCCGUGCUCGACCGCUUGCAGUGCAUUAGUGCCGCCGAACUCAUCGCAGUUAUGCAUGUGCUGCGCUUCGCGGCGCCGCCAGUGCGCAUGUGUUCGGACUCAGCCUUUGUCGUGGAUGGCUUCCACGAACGUGGCCGCGUGACCGCUACUGCCUGUGUUGCCGCGCAUGCUCACCUUUGGCGGGAGUUCUGGCGUUUGGUGGGCGACUGGGGGGACGGGUUCGAGCUCUCGAAGGUCAAAGGUCAUGCGGCCUUAGGAGACAUCCAGCACGGGCGCGCCACAGCGCGCCACAAGUUUGGCAAUAUGAUGGCAGACCGCGCUGCAAAGAGCGCCGCUGCCUUUGCGCGAGUGCCGCGGCAACGCCGUGCGCAGCUGCAGGCUCGCUCCAAGGUUGUCAAGACCUGGGGAGACUGGAUUGGCAGGCUCAGUGACGGGCUUGAAGAUUGUGGCCACCCCAAGCGGCACAAUCGGGGCAAGCCGCGUCUCCCUCGGCUUUUCGUCGUGCGCAAUCCCGUCCCAUCUGGCAUUGCGUCUCGUGUGCUGGCGGCGCAGGGGCAGCUAGGGGAUGGGGCGCGCAAGCAUGAACUUGUGCGUAUUGCACUGUGUGAAGGUCCCACUGUUGUGGGCUGCGUGCGUUGUGGCAGCUUUGCAGUCUCUCGCGUUGCAGCUCUCAGCCAGCCGUGCCCGCCUGUGGCCACUGACCAUGCCCUGAAGGUGCUCAAGCGGCUCUGCAAAAGAGAGUUUCGCCUCAGCACCAAGGUGUUUCGGGUCGCAGCGCAGGCACCGCUCGCUGUGGCCGCCGAAGCGGCUGUUCACGACGCCCAGCUGGAG